AUGCACCAAAAUUACCAAAUCUAUUUAUACCUUCAUAGACACAAUGAGAAUAACCGUGCCCCUCUUCACUUGACUCACACAGCAGAGCACAAAAAUGAAAAGGGCUAUCCCCCUCGUACUCCCCGUCGAGACUCUCACGGCUUAGAGUGUCGAUGCGAGCUACUCGGUUCAGAUAUGAAGUUCAUUGCUCCUAACUGUGUUUUCUUUGGCAAACUCCCAGCCUGGAAGUUCAGUUCUUGA